AUGCAACGAAUUGGACGGCGAGUAGCUCAGGCCGCGUUGGCUGCCAGAGGUUGUGGACAUGCAGUAGUAAAUAUUCGACCACGCUUCAUAUCCCAGCGUUUCCAUGUGUUUGACUCUCGCAUACUCAGCUAUUCAGUUAGUACGAGAGAGGCGUUUGAAGCCUAUGAAAAGGCUAAGCAGCUAUUGGAUAGUGACGACUUAGAAGAAGCUAUGGGUCUGCUAGGGGUUGCAGCACAUGGUAACAUCGCAGAUGCCCAAUAUCUAUUGGGCUCAUUACUGCUGAACGAAGAGGUGGAAGAAGACGAGGGAGAAGAGGACAACGAGGAUCAACGCAAGAACAAAGAGCUAAUUCGUGAUGCCGAAACCAAUCGACAACGCUGUGGACGUCCGGAUGAUUCCACAAACAUUAAGGAGAUUCGGAAGAGUGCCCGUGCCGCUUACAAACAAUAUCUGAUGGAGCAGAAGCGCAAAACACGAGCCAAGAGGGCGAAAUCGGCUGGUGAUGCUGCCUCGGUGGUACAGCGUGCUACAAAAGGUGAGCUUGACCGAGCUUUUGGUAGAACUAUGGAGCUUCUAUUGGACCCCAAGUCGAAGCUGGAGCCGCUGCUUGAGAUCAGUGACGGUUCGGGCCACAUGGAUGCUGCUCAGAUGCAGCUGGAUGCGGUGAAGGCGGUGGAGUGGAUCCGUCGCGCAGCUGAUAAUUGUAAUCGUGAUGCUCACGUUCAGCUUGGCAACCUGUGUCUAAGUCAUAGCCCACCCAUGGCCAUGGAGGCCAGCUCCUGGUAUACAAACGUGACAAAGGACGAGAACCCACACCCUGAUGCGCUAUACAACCUUGGGGUGAUGCUGUUUGACGGCGUUCAUCAUGCGGAGCCACCUUUUCCAGAAAACAAGAGUGCAUCCAUUCCAUUCUUCGUUCGUGCAGCAGAAGUAGGUGAUGUCUCGGCACAGUUUUUCAUGGGAACAUUGCUGCAUCAGGGUGACAAGGACCUGGGUAUCGAGCCAAACUUUACAAGUGGAUUCAUGCUGAUUGAAAUGGCAGCCAGCAAAGGUCACCCGAGUGCUUUGUUCUACUUGGCGCAGUUGUAUCGCUCGGGUGAUGAGGACAACGGUUUUGCUGCAAAUCAUGCCAAGUUCCUUGAGCAUCUGGACAAGGCUAUGAAGGCCGGAGACGCUGAUGCGUACUUCUGCAUGGCAGAUAUUUACUUUCACGGCAGCGACGGGUUUAACCAAGACUGUGAACAGGCUCGUAGAUUCUAUAUGGCUGCGGCUGAGCAAGGACAUGCAGACGCAUAUUGCUGUCUCGGUGCUUUAUAUUACAAUGGCAUUGGUGUAAAGCAGGACUACAAGCAGGCUUUCUUGUACUAUCAGGAGGCGGCUGACAGAGACUCAAUGAUGGCUUGGAAGAACCUUGCUGAAAUGUACACGGUUGGUCGUGGUGUACCGCGCAAUGAGGCGACUGCCAAUGCCAUCAUUAAGAUGCUCAAAAAGGUUGAGGCGGAUGAGACCACUCAAUAG